AUGAAUAACACAUCUGUAGAUACCUCUCCCGCGGACUGGAUACCAGAUGAACCACCACAGGGACUCACUGUCGGGUUGACCCUCAAUGCUGUAGCGAAGAUUGUCUACUACGUUGUAGUGAUGCUUAUCGGGCUGUUUGGAAACGUUCUCAUUCUACGCGUGUUUUGGCCCAAACAUAAUAAGACAAGCACCCAAGUCCUGAUCAUGGGGCUGGCCGGGAUGGACCUCACCGUCUGCCUAAUGAGAGUCUGGAACAUUUCCGUCUUUUCACUUUAUCUAGCAAACAAGAAAGCAACACCGGCGCUUGACUACUUCGGAGCCAUAGCCUUGGUGAAUGUGUUUGCCUCUUCUGUGUUGACCGGCUUGAUUGCAUUGGACCGGUACGACUGCGUAUGUCGGCCGAACAACCGUUUGCUAAAUCGCUUCAGAGCCAAGAUGAUGAUUCUCAGUGCGUACGCUGGGGCGAUGCUCUUUGCUAGUCCGCGUAUACUGGAGGUUAUCUGGCUCCCAGCCACAAAAGUGCUACAGGCAACUUUUUUGACUUUCCAGUUUGUAAUGUAUACCUUGGUGCUGGGCGUCAUUUGCGUUUGCUACUGGCGGGUCUACGCGACCAUACGAAAGCAUCUGAAAAUAAAUGUUUUAAGUCAGCGUCAUACCAAUACACAACAUGAGUUGUCGGCCACUACAAGGGUGUCUUCCUCUCAACACGAUGAUACGAUACAGGAACCUAUACCAGCCAUCGCAGGAAAGGUACCACUCUCAGUGCCCUUCAGCAGUGAUGGUGGUCAACCGUCCACACCUAGACGACCAGAGAACACCGAAACGAACGGCAAACCAGCAGGCGUAGCCAACGAGUCCCUCCACCGAAACGACCAGGCUGCUACUACUCAAGGUAACGUUAAUUCAGCCAAAACUAACCGCCCACCUGGGAACGUGAAACCAAACAAACCAAAGAAGGGCAAAAAUGAAAGUGUUUCACUUCAACGUAAGACCACUAGAAUGAUGUUCGGGACCAGUGUUGUACUCCUAGUGACUUGGUUCCCGUACUGGGUGUAUGUAGGAGUACUUUUAUCCAAACUCAACGGCAACCCAAUUUCUUCUCUCGUCUUGAACGUGUUUCGCUACUCAAGUUUCUUGCCAUACAUAAAUAACAUUUUAAAUCCGUUAAUCUAUGGUGUUGCAAACAGACGAUUUCGGAAGGAUUGUCUGCUCGAAUUGAAGAAGAUGAGAACGUGCUAA